AUGAUAGGCUUUUGGAUGGACGCUAAUGAAGUAAAAGAUAAAUCGUUAGUUAUAGAGAAGCUGAUAGAGGGUAAUAGGCACAAAAAGGAGACAAGCGCCUCGAUUAAUGGCCAAAGCGUCAAAAACAAGGGGAAUACAAACAACGAAAGACAAUUAUACCAUCAGAAGAAAAUGGAACGAUCAGGGAGCCCAAAGAACAAACAGAGGGUGAGUCUGAAAGGUAAAGAUUAUGAGAAGGAAAUUGACAUAUUCAAUUCGGACAUAGAGGCCAUUUUGUCGCCGUUCAAACAGAUGGAGAAAUCCGAUUCGAAGAUAGAUCGUGGGGUUAUCAAGUACUUUGCAUUGGUGGUGAUAUUACUACCAUCCAUAAUUGGGAUAUUGACUCCUUCAGGAGAUGAUAACGGUCGUACGAGCAUCGAUGUGGCCAAUUUGGUGACUGACAGCUUCAUGGUUAUUUUGGUGAGUUGGUUUAUCAACUUUACGAUAGAAUGGCCUUGGAAUUGGCACAAAAAUAUAAUUGAGGCACAAGAUAAGCUUUUGGAAAGUACUAAUGCAUUUGUUCACCGAGUGUCUACGACGGAAGAGGUGAACAGCGAGAUUCUCACCAAAAAGGUCAAGGCCUUCAAGAAGCUUUCUAAAUUUGAAAACUAUUCUCUUCUGUUGUGUUUUGCAUGUACUUGCAUGGGGGCUGGGAUCAUGAGAUGUUCUAGAAAUUAUAUCAAUAUAGAAGAUACACGCAGACGAUUGGUUUUCAGUAAUUUAAAUAUCAUGCUAUUUUUAUUUUUGGAGAUAUUUAGGUUGGUCUUAAUUUUAACUGACCGGUUACAGAAACACACGGUAGAUGAUAUUCAAGAAAAGAUCUCCAAAGAUCUUUUGAAAUCUGGAUCGAAGAAGGGCCAUGUGGAUUUGCUUUCACCUUCAAGCUCUUCAAGUGAUGAUCAUGAUAAAAUGAGUGGAUUAAUGAAUGGGUUUGGCAGUCUAAUUAGUACUGGAAAAUUAGGUCCAACGCCUGAAAAUGGCAUUGUUCGCUAUAAACAGAAUUUAGAAGUACUACGGGAGAAAACAGAUAGGCAAGAUGAAAUAAUCCAGAAUCUAUUAAUUACACAGGCCAAUGAGUAUUCUAGGAUUAAUAUGACAUUGACAAACCUCGAGAAAUCAGUAAGCCAAAUGAAUAAUCAUAAACACGAGGACUUGGGAAACCAAAGGUCUAUUUUUUUAAAGCCGUUUCCUUUAAAUUUAUCUUCUGAAAAUAAGCUACCACAAAAGUCUUACAAACGGUUGUCCUUACCACCAUUGUUGAACAAUGACAAGCAACCAAUGCAUACAAUAUUUGAAGAAUCAGAUAUAGAAGAAGAUCAUGGAGCAGAAGAUAGUCAAAUAAAUAGAGAAUUAAUAGAAUUAAAAAGAAAGAAAGUACAAGCUAGAAGCGAAGAUAUUGAUAAAAUGAUAGGAGAUAUGGUUGAUAAACAAGAGAAGUUCUCAGACAACAUUUCAAAACAGAUUAGGCCUCAAAAACUGAAUUCUAGCUCUACAAACAUAUCAUCUUUUACUGAAUCUAUAUUCGAACAACCACAGCUGAAUCAGACAGAUAUAAAGCAAUCCGAUAUAGAAAAUUUUUCGGAUUAUAAUUCAAAUUACUUUGAUGAAGAAAGCCGAAAUGACGACAAAUAUAAGGAGCAGGAUAGGGGACAUUUUUCAUUGCAUGGUCUACCAUUCUCAUCAUCGAUAAAAAAUUUAGUUACCAGGAAUCUAGUCUAUGAAGAUAGUACCAUACCUUAUGCUCAAGAAAGUAUACUAGAUAAUAGAAUAAACGAGCUAGUGGGGUAUGGGUCCGAGCAGCUGGGUAUUACGUGUAAUAUGGAAGAGAAGAGUUAUAACAUAUUAAUUAAAUUGAAGCUAAUAGUGAAAAAUAUUUUACAAAAUAUUUCCGUUAUUGAUUUGAUUAAAGAUCCAUUGACAACAAAGCAAAUUCUUCAUUCAGAGAUUACGCCUCUUUUAAUGAGUUUUGGCAAGGAACAAAUAGAAAGCUAUAGAGCAACCACUAAGCUACUCAAAAGUCUUAUGUGGGAACUCCUAACAAAGAACUUUUUUCUAACAACGGAAAAAUUUGACUCAAUCGUAAAUACUUAUUUAUCACCCUUAGAAAGGUUGAAAAAUCUUGUAACUCUAGUUUGUUUCAAAAUUCCUUUCAAUAUUUUUAGAUUUUACGUGGCUGUAUUAUCGUUCUUUCCCAAAAUAUUCUACCAUAUAUUUAUUGCAUAUCCUAUCAUAAGUCAAAAAUCAAAGAUAAAGAGUUCUAGAGGGACAAGAAGUAUUAAAAGCAUUGAUCACAGAGAGCCAGAAUCAAGACCCUCUUUAGCAAUGAAGCAAUUCCAUUUAUCUCCAAAUGCUACAAGAUUUGGCAAAAAUAAAACCAAAAUAGAAUCUGAUAAGGCAAAUUAUGAUUUGAAAGCUAGAAGAAUGGUACUUAAUAAAUUGCUGAGGUAUUAUGACUUAAAAGCGCUUCCAGAAAACAGUCUAUUCACGCCCGUGAGAUUGUAUGAUGAAGAGUAA